UGACGCGAAAGAAAGCCCACUACAAGCGUCCGUUAUUCUCGUAUUGACCUCAACUACUGAAAUGACCGUGCAUUCUCUUGCCUCAGUGGCUACACCACGCAGCCCCACGACGACAGAGCACAGUUCUUCUAACGAGAACAACGUGCCUCAAAUGAAUCCCCAGCAACGGACUCGCCGGGGGAAACGCAAAGGGGGCACACCAAAAUCAACUAGGCCAAACAUUCGGAAGACAACAUUGUUGCAGCCUGGAACUCUGGUUCAAGUCGUGUCCCCACGUCAAAUGCACCACGACUUUGCGUGGCUGCAGUCUGUGAAUCCAGAUGGCUCGUACAAUGUGUCCUAUGUCGUGGGGGGGACUGACCGGCACGUGGCUCCGGCAUCGGUCAUCGUGUCGCCGGAUGUGCUUGGCGCUCGCACCAUGCGACGCAACCAUUCGAUUUGAUUCGAUGGGCGGGCAGAACUCGACUGUGUCGUUUAUGCAUAUUCAGUAGUGUUGUGUGUUGGAUGUAGGCUACCAUAUGACGGUGAACUAUAUGACCUGUUCCA